AUGGCGGCGACCUUCACGCCGGAGGAGGUGGCAAAGCACUGCUGGGAGGGUGACUUGUGGAUGGUCAUCGACGGGGACGUCUACGACCUCUCCAAGUUCGGGUCGCUGCACCCGGGUGGUUUGCCGCCGCUCUUGGACCCCACCGUCGCCGGAAAGGACGAGCCCAAGUACGCGCGCCUCAAGAUCGGCGUGGUCUCCGCUCCCGAGAAGAAGGGUCGGGCUUCGGCAUCUUCGGCAGCUUCAGCAGCCCAGAUCCCGUAUGGCGAGGCCAUGGGAACUUGGCGUAAGUUCUCACCCUACUACAAGGAGUCUCACAAGAAGUUGCGGGCGGCAGUGCGCGAGUUCAUGGAUAAGGAGAUCAAGCCUCACUGCAAGGAAUGGGAUGACAACGGCACUUUGCCCACCAGGGAGAUCGAUGCCCUGGUUGGAAAAUCGGGCAUCUUCGCCGGGCUCGUGGCGGGCGAGGAGGGCGCGGCGGAGCUCUUCGCGCGCCACGGCAUCUCGCUGCCGGGCGGCAUCGGCGCCCAGGAGUGGGACUACUUCCAUGCGCUGGUGCUGAAUGAGGAGGUGCGGCGCGGCGUGAAUGGCUGCUACGGUGUCAGCGACGGCCUCCUGGGAGGCGUCUCCAUCGGCCUCCCGCCACUGCUGAAGUUCGGCACGAAGGAGAUGAUUGAAAAGUACGCCGUGCCGAUCAUCAAAGGUGAGAGGCGCAUCUGCUUGGCCAUCUCCGAGCCCUACGCCGGCAGCGACGUGGCCCAGAUUCGUACAACGGCAGAGAUGGCCACAGAUGGCUCUUGGCAGGUCAACGGCGUUAAGAAGUGGAUCACAGGUGGCAUGGUGGCCGACUACUUCACGACGCUGGUGCGGACCGAAAAGCAGGGGCCAUGUAUGCUGCUCCUGGAGCGUGGCGAUGGCUCGACACUCUCGACGAAGCCAAUCAAGACCUCCUACUCGCCGGCAGCCGCGACUGCCUACGUGGAGAUCUACAAGAACAUCGUGCCGCCCGAGAACCUCAUCGGCAAGAAGACUUAUCUGAUACAACUGAACCUCAUCGGCAAGCCGGGCAUGGGCUUCUUACAGACCAUGGCCAACUUCAACUUCGAGCGUUGGGGCAUGGUGGUCUGCGGCAAUCGCCACUCGCGCAUGGUCCUGGACGAGUGCAUGAGGUGGGCCCUGUCCCGCAAGGUCUUCGGGAAGGCGCUGAUCCAGCAGCCCGUGAUCCGCUACAAGCUCGCCGAGAUGGCGGCAAACAUUGAGUCGGUGCACAGCCUGUUGGAAGACCUGACGUACCAGAUGAACAACAUGAGCACCAAGGACAUCAACCGGCACCUUGCCGGGCCCAUCGCCCUGCUCAAGUACAAGCAGACGCGCGUGGCCACCAUCGUCAGCGACAACGCCUGCCAGAUCUUCGGGGGCCGGGCCAUCACCUCCUCUGGCAUGGGCUUCAUCGUCGAGAAGUUCCAGAGGAGCUUCAAGUUCCAGGCCAUCUUGGGGGGCAGCGAGGAGAUCAUGGCGGACUUCGCGAUCCGCCAGGCCAUGCGGCAGACGCAGGACGUGCCGGCGAGGCUGUAG